AUGGACCCUACCUGCCCAUUCGAGACCCCUCUCUCGCUUUCGGAGCGUGACGGUCGAUCGAUGCAAAGGUUGGCGCAGCGCUGCAUCCAUGAAACGAUGGUGGACUACGAGCACGUCCUGUCAAGCAAGAGCGGCUUACCUAGCGUCACUCGCUGGAAACCCGUCAAGAAAAAAAAUAGCAUCGUGGUAUACGAAGACCAGCUUGCGAUCGAGGAGAUUAGACGUCGAAAACGAAAGGCGAAGUCACUCGGAGAUAUCAUCGAAUCUACUCGUGUUGGGGAUCUAUUAACGCGGAGCGUUGGUCCCGGAACAUUCCGAUCGUCGGCCACUGCAUUCACCCGUGAGACCGAGGUGGGCGAGCCCAAGGAGACGCCGAAAAUGGUCUGGAUGGGCACGGUCGACUGCGAGUUAGACGACCUCAUGUACGGCCUUGUCAGUCAGAGCGACGAGGUGACUCGCAUCAAGUCUUCGUACUCAGGUAACAACAUCCACGACUUCGCUACUCUGGCAUCUCUGGAGACUUCGACGCCCAGUGAUCCCUUCCAUGGCCUACAACUCAAGUGGGAAGUGAACAGCGCUCUGACUAAAGCAAAACCGGUGUGGCGCUGCCGCGAUUUUGUGUACCUCGAGGCUACAGGAGUGACUAAAAGUCGCUCUACAGGACAGCGGAUCGGGUACCAGAUCUUGCACUCGCUCGAUGUACGUGGCGUCCCCGAGCUACCAGGUCGCAAGCUGACUCGUGGUAAGGUGACGAUUUAUCAGCUAUUCCGUCAGAAGGCCAAGGGAACCGUCGAAGUUUUUGCAAAAGCCAUGGUGGAUCUUGCUGGGGAUGUACCUACCAGUAUGGCGUCGUUCGCGACCAUCGAGGCUGCUAACGGAGUUAACAAAGCAGCUAAGUGCGCUCGUAAGCGCAAACUCAAUUGGCUUUUGACUACAGCUGAAACGAACUCAACUACCUACGCUAGCGCCGAGUGCAAUGACUCGUGCUGUAGCGUGUGCGCCCGAGAACUCAAGAAUGUAUUUGGUCAAAGGAGUUCUUACGAAUGCCACAUCUGUACUAAACGCGUGUGCCAUCGAUGCCAUGUUCGACAAAAACUCAGUUUUAUCAAGCCCGACAACAACUCGUUCGUCGUCAAGCGGAAGGUUCUCGAUUUGUGCACUCGAUGUGUUCACACCGCGACACAGAUGAACGCUCGACGCGUUGCGCUGGAAGAGCGUGCACGUGAGCACCCUGCAUCAAUGUACAAGUAUGUUCGUCACCAGAAGCAGUCGUCACUGGAGGAAAGCUCCUGCUUUGAAGAGUUUGACCUCUCAAAAGCAACAGAGAAAGAUAUCGAGGACUGCUCAACUGGUAUGGUUCUCUUAGAUCGCGCAACGCAAGCGUUUCAUCGCCUUUUUUAAGGUUGCAACUUGAUGUCUGAAGUGGCGUCCCAUCCAUUGGAAGAUGAGCGUAACAAACAUAGACUUGUACAGGUAUAGCAUGUCGAAAAGUGUAUAGAUGUACUUGAAGUAUUUACCACGUCCAAAGUUUACAUCGGCCAGUUUUUUUUUUUCCAUUCCCUUUUAAUUUUUG